AUGGACAAUGUGUUUUCAGGCUUCAGCUAUAAUUCUUAAAGCUCAGUGAAUAAUUAAUUUUCUGUGGGACCUGGACCCUAGAUUAUAUCUAACGAAAACUCAUUUAACUACAAUAAUGGAGGCUAUAACAAAUCUUAGAACCAAAGAAUAAAGGAACCUGAUAUAAGACAGUUAGACAUGCUCCUGAAUUCUAAACCGAUUAAUGUUCCAUAGAAAUAUUAGCCUGUUUAUUAAAUACCUCAGCUACCACCAUAAAAUAUAUUCUAGCCUUUACAAUAAAUUUAUAAACCACCUGAGUAUAUGCAAAUGCCUUAAAUUUAUCAAGGCAGCAACUCUAGUAGCCCACUCCUCAGCUAAAACCAAGAAAGUAAAGACCUUUCAUUCUUCGAAAUUAAGUAAGCGUCUGAACACAGCGAAAAAGAGGAAAUAAAUUUUAGACCUUCAGUAAAUGGGCCUAUUAUCUUCCCUUAAAUUAUCACUCCUUAGUAAUAGAAUGAGAAUUUUAGCAAUUUGUAUCGAUUUAAUGCUCAAGGCGAUUACUUUAAUGACAAUUAGUCAAAUUAAAAUGAUGCUCAGAGAUAAAGUAGUGCUCAAAAUAAUGGUCUAUCAGAUUAAUCAACAGGAACUGGUACUGAUCAAAAUAAUCCAGAGGAAUAGCAGAAUUCUGGACAAGGAAAGAUAAUCCACUCAACCGUCGACGAAUAUUGGUUUGAAUAAAUCAAUGCCUUCAAGUUUUUAAAGUAUUCUAUAAACUAACUCAAAUCUAAGUUCAGAGGCCAUCAACUUUCAAAUAAUUUUGGCUAGUAAAAUUUUACUUAAAAGAAGGAGGAGAGAUAUAAGAAGUAGUCAUUGCAAUAGAUCAAUAAUCAUUAAGGACAGCUAUACAAGAAUAUUAGAUCUUCUUAUACAUCUUGGGAUAAAGUUACAAGAAGAGAAUUAGUUGAGUUCGGUUUUACUCAGGAUCUUGAGGUAAUUAGAAUUAGUCGAAAUUUCAAGACAGCCAUGGAAUGGGCAAUUGAAAAAGGUUUGAUAUCUCAGAAAAGAGUGUGCAGAUUAUGCAAUUCUGUGAUGAAAAUAUGCAGGAAUACUCAUCAUAAUGCUGAUGGUCAUGCUUAUAGAUGUUAGAAUCCAAUGUGCAAACAGAAAUAAUCACUAAGAAUUGGAACACUUUUUAAUUGUUCAAAACUCACUAUUAUGGAAAUAUUGAGACUCAUUUUUCAUUACUUUAUAAGGAACUACAAUGCCACCUAGGCUCAUCUAGAAAUGAGGGAAAUGAUUAAUGACCGAAUCAAUCCUUAUGGAGUUCCUGGCACGAAGUUCAAGCAUGAGGAUGAUAUUUAUAGAAUCAAUUACAAAAGUGUCUUUACAUUAUUCAAGCUUGCCAGAACUUAAAUUCAUAUUUGGACUUAAAAUUUGUACAGAAGGACUAAACUAGGGAAAUACGGUCGAGCAAUCGAAAUAGAUGAGUCAGUAUUCGCUCAUCAUACAUAAGAUGGCAAAAAGGAAAAAGUCUGGGUAUUAGGAUUUUAUGAACGUGGGACCAAGGAAGCAAGGGCUAUUCAUGUCAAAGAUCGAAGUGAGGAGACAUUAACCCAGGUUAUUCUUGAAAAUGUUGAAGAAGGUGCUGAAAUUUUCACAGACUUUUGGCGUGGCUAUAAUGGAUUAAAAAAUUACUAUAGACACAGAGUAGUAAAUAAAGCUAUGAAAGGUUAUGGCACUUCAGAAUUCUAAACCACAAAUAGGGUUGAAGGUCUUUGGGCAGCAAUAAAAAGGUUCUUUUAAGUUUACUCUUGUUUCAAUCACCCUUACUUGUAGUAAUUUUUAGACGAGGCAAUUUGGAGAAGAAAGUAUAAGACAUUUAAAGAUAGAAUAAAUUUCCUACUGCAAUUAAACACAUACUAUAACUUCAGAACAGAAGGUGAGAAUUUAUAUGAGGAAACAUAUCUCAAAUAUGAUUAAGCACUAAAUUCUCGGAAUCAAAAUAGCAUUAUCUCUAAGUAUGAUGAGGUAUACGAGGAUCCAGAAUAAUUAAACAGGUUUAUUGAUGAGUAAAUGAUGAAUCCCUAGCUUUUGGUCAAGACCUUGCUGGAGGAUCAGAACUAGUAUCUAAACUUUAAAGGAUUAGGAGGCGAAAACAGUGUAAACCUAGGUGGAUGCGACAUGCUUGAUAUUGAGGAAAUUGACGAUGAAGAGUUUAAUGGAGAAGAUUACGAUGCAGAAAUUAAUAUUGAUAAUAAUUUAGAAUGA